CAAGUAAAGACACCGGCAGCUAGGACAUGGCUGAGGGGUUUGCAGCUGGCUUGGGGGCAGCGGGCUCCACAGAAAAGUGAGGGCAAAGUCUCGGAAGUGAGCACUGGGAGAUCAACUUGUGGCUUUUAUGCAAGCUUGAGUCUCAAUUUCUUCUGAGACAGACCAACAGACUGAGACAAGUGCCCUAUCAGCUUCAGGGGACCAGCUUAGGCUACCGUCCCUUAAGAGUGCUAGAAUCCUCAGCACCAGUCCAGGGCUCCAGGAGAGGCCGUGGUCAUGGUGAAUGAGUAUCCCAACCUGGAAGAAAACGAUGGCACCCCUGAGCAGGAAUUUGUGCUCCAGGCAGAACCCAGCAUGUCUGCUCUCCCCAGUGUCUUUAUGUACCCCAGAAGUUCAACCCACUCCAGUACCUUGGCCCAAGGAGGUGGCUUGGCCAGCCCAAAUAGUUCAGUGCACCCCAGUAGCUCAGGACGCAAGGACUUCACAGUGAUCAAGGUGAGCAAGCGCCGUUGGAAAGUGGUCCUGUUAUUUAGCUGCUACUCAAUGUGCAAUCACUUCCAGUGGAUCCAGUAUGGCUCCAUUAGUAACAUCUUCAUGAACUUUUACGAAGUCAGUCCCUUUGCCAUUGACUGGCUGUCCAUGUGCUACAUGCUGACCUACAUCUUUCUACUACUGCCAGUGGCCUGGCUGCUGGAAAUAUUCGGCCUGCGCACUAUUGCCCUUGCUGGUUUUGCUCUCAACUGCCUGGGGGCCUGGGUGAAGUUGGGCAGCCUGCAGCCACAUCUCUUUGCAGUCACCAUACUGGGCCAGGUCAUCUGCUCUGUGGCUCAGGUCUUCAUCCUGGGCAUGCCCUCCCGCAUAGCUUCAGUCUGGUCUGGACCUAAUGAGGUUUCAAAUGCCUGCUCCAUAGCUGUCUUUGGCAAUCAGCUUGGAAUUGCAAUUGGGUUUUUUGUCCCUCCUAUUUUGGUACCCAAUAUCGAAGACAAGAACAAGCUUUCCCACCACAUCCGCCACAUGUUCUACCUAAUAGGAGGUUUUGCCACUCUUCUUUUUAUCCUUGUCAUCAUCAUAUUCAAGGAGAAGCCUAAAUAUCCCCCCAACAGGGCCCAGUCCCUGAGCUAUGCCUUGGCAUCCCAUGAUGCUUCAUACUUAAGUUCCAUUGCCUGGCUCUUCAAAAACCUCAACUUCAUACUGCUUGUCAUCACCUAUGGUCUGAAUGCUGGGGCUUUUUAUGCCUUGUCCACUCUGCUGAAUCGCAUGGCGAUCUUGCACUAUCUGGGGGAAGAAGUGAAUGCUGGAAGAAUUGGCCUGACCAUCAUCAUUUCAGGAAUGCUUGGGGCUGUGAUCUCAGGCAUUUGGCUGGAUAGGCUCAAAACCUACAAGGAGACAGUCCUGGUUGUCUAUAUCAUGACUCUGGUGGGCAUGGUGGUGUACACCAUGACCUUGAACCUGGGACAUCUGUGGAUAGUGUUCAUCACCGCUGGCACAAUGGGCUUCUUUAUGACUGGCCAUCUCCCGCUAGGAUUUGAGUUUGCUGUGGAGCUGACAUACCCAGAAUCAGAAGGCAUGUCAUCUGGCCUCCUAAACAUGUCUGCCCAGGUAUUUGGGAUCAUCUUCACCAUCUCCCAGGGACAGAUUAUCAGCAACUAUGGAACCAUGCAUGGGAACAUCUUUUUAUGUGUCUUUCUCACCCUUGGGACAGCCCUCAUUGCAUUCAUCAAGGCAGAUCUCCAGAGGCAAAGAGAAAACAAAGAAAAUCCUGAAAAUGAACUCCAGGAGGAGGAGGAGAGCAAUGCCAGCAAAGUACCCACCACUGUGUCUGAGGAGCAUCUCUGAGAGAAAAAGGUGGUUGCAACUCAGAACAAGGAGAACCCACCACCAACACCUUUUCAGUCAGCACAGCUGUUGCUGUCGCACAAAGGUCUUUGCAGGGGCAGCUUUAGCAAGGAACUGGCUGGAAUGUUUAUAGCUUGGACAGCAGUGUCCAUGCCUCCUGGAACCCACUCAAGAGCUUACAUGGUCUGGUUGGGGAAAAUUACACCUUUCACCAAAUGCAGAUUCCAUUCCCACUCCCUCCCCUUAUAAGUUCUGGGAGCUGGUGUUCGAAGAGGCUGGUGAGUAGUCGAGUCAGUCCUGGCUUGGUGCCUUGCCUUUUCUCCUCACCUCUGUCCCUCAUGGAGAAAGCCUGCCAAAUUAUCACAGAAAGAAAGCUUAUUCAGGAUAUUAACUUUUUCUAGUGUCUUAAGACCCUUAGAAGUCCAAAUUCUAAGGAGCAGCAGCUGCUCUAGAUGAUGGUCAUUCCUGGGUCAUCAGACUAACUGCUAAAAUUCUGUACAAGAGAAAGCUCCAUUGGAACAAACCCAAGGGCACUCUGGGCCUAAAUUUUCCUGCCCUAAUGUUGGGAUCUGUCUCCUAAUCCACUUUCCUAGGAGCUGAUCAAACCAAACAUCAAUAAACUUGAGAAAAACUUUGUUGUGGCCAUGAAGGAGAAACUGAUUUGGGAGAGGUAACCACCCAGGCAUGUGAGGGAGCUGGAGGCAAACUUCUGAGUGUGUUUGUGGAUGCCUGUAUUUGGGAACUCUGGUAGCUUGAUUUGAAUAGGAAGGUUCUUCUCUACAAAAGAAGUCUUUGCCCAGAGAUGCUGUGUGUGUUGCAGCCACUUCUGGUGCCUUCAUGUGGACACUGCCUUGAGAAACUAAGGGCUUGUUUUCUCUGGAGAGAGGGCAAUAACAGCCAACUUCCUGUGAUCUUUACUGAAAACAAACCUUGAUUUAUCCCACCCUGAGAAAUCCCAAAGCUGCUUCUGAGAUGACAGGAAAGAAGCAGAAGGAAAGGUGGCCCCUGAAGUGGGAAUUGAGUCUGCUUGAAUUAAAUAUAUCCCUCCUCUGGUGGGGACAGUAUUUGCAUACCCACUCCCCUCCAGCAAUAACCUUUUAUCAAAUGUUCUAACUUUAAAGGGAAUGCCUUUAAAUCAACCCAAGCUGACCUCCUCUCCUGCCCAACCUGCUGCCUGACUCCAUUCAUAGGCCUAGGCAGGAUCUCCUGAAAAUAAGGCAUUUUGGUCAUUUCUCUUGUACGUUGAACACCUAGCUGCAAGCAUGGCCACUGUGACAUUUUGCUGUGGCUACUGCCCUGGAUUCAGCGUAAGGAGACACCUGCACUGGCAACAGUGCUGUGGUGCUUGGGCCACUGCCAGAGGAGCCAGGUGUAUGUUUGUGUGUGUGUGUGUGUGUGUGUGUGUGUGUGUGUGUACAGACACUGUACUUCAUAAAAGAAGUUCAUUUCAGGUGGGGAAGUGAGUUAGGGGUGGAAGAGAGAUGGAGAUAAAGUGUACUUUACUUUUUUGACAAAGAGAAAGGUGUUUACUCUUCAGCCCUUUAAAAUACAGGGU